AUUAUCAAAGGAAAAAGAAGAAGAUAUAAACAAUCCGAAAUUUUAGAAAAAUGACGCAAAAUUAUAAAAUUCGCAAAUUGGACAAGAAACAAAAACGUUGUGAAGCCAUUAUACAAAAAGAUUGUGACAUUGUUGCUUCCAAAGAAGAGCCUACGAAGUACGUAGCACUAUUGAAUGCAGGUUUAUCAACAGGUCUCACCGAAGAACUUGUAUUGGAAACAGCGGAAAAAUAUGGCCAUAUCAAAAGGCUGCUUAUGCUGCCAAGUAAAUCUUACUGCUUUUUAGAAUGUGCCGAUGUUAGUGAUGCAGUUUCCAUAGUAAAUAAUAUGCAUGGUUUAGCUACCAUUGGACAAAACCAGUCGGUUGUGUACUUAAGUUAUUUUAAAGAACUGCCGGAGGAGGAAAAUUCAUCAUGGGUAAAACAAUUACCCAGUGGACUAAUAGUGAUAAAUGAAUUUGUAACAGAAAUGGAGGAGUGUGAACUGUUAAAUGCUUUAGAAAUUGACAAUGUUUCAAUUGAUGCGGCUUUAAAGCAUCGAAGGGUAAAACAUUUUGGUUAUGAAUUUCUUUAUGACAUAAAUAAUGUUAAUCCACAACAACCACUAGAUAGAAAUAUACCAUCGGAAUGUAAUUUUAUGUGGAAAAGAUUAGAAAAUAUGUGUGAGAAGGAUGGGCUAUCGUUUGAAUGGAAAGAACCGAAUCAAUUAACGGUAAAUUCAUAUGAAGCUGGUCAAGGAAUACCACCACAUGUUGAUACCCAUAGUGCCUUUCUAGAUCCUAUUCUAUCUUUGUCUCUGGAAGGCGAUGUAGUUAUGGAGUUUCGAAAAGGUUUAGAACGUUGUUCUGUCUUCCUGCCUCGUAGAUCAUUGCUGAUUAUGUCAGGAGAAUCAAGGUAUGAUUGGACUCAUGGCAUAACACCCAGAAUAAUGGAUGUUGUUCUGACUACAAAUGGAAAUCUUUCGACUAAGAAGAGGUCAAAAAGGACAUCACUUACAUUUAGAAAACUCCGAAAUGGACAAUGUUCGUGUAAAUACCCAACACUGUGUGAUUCACAACUAAUGAAGAAGUCUUUAGCUACAACCGAUCACAUUGGGAGCGAUAAAGCCGCCCUUUUGGAGGAACUGAAUGUUCAUAACGUAUAUGACACCAUAGCCGAGCACUUUAGUGAAACACGUCAUUCUCAAUGGCCUCGAGUUACGGAGUUUUUGAAAAGCUUCCACCAAUCAUCCAUUCUGCUGGAUGUUGGUUGUGGUAAUGGUAAAUACCUUAAUUCCACUCCAGAUUUGUUAAAAAUUGGAUGUGAUCGCAGUAAUGGUCUUCUUAAACUUUGCAAAUCGCUGCAAUAUAAUAUAUUCCGUUGUGAUUGCCUUCAUGUUCCUGUGCGUUCUAAUUCCGUUGACGGAUGCAUAAGUAUAGCUGUAAUUCACCAUUUAGCUACUGCAGAUCGGCGCUUAAGUGCUAUUAAAGAACUUGUACGUAUAUUGCGUCCUUCCGGCCGCGGUCUAAUUUACGUUUGGGCUAAAAACCAAAUUGCUGACAAUAAAAAAUCGUCGUAUUUACGACAAAAUAAAUCCAUAAAUAAAAAUAAAACAACCGAGGAUGAACUAAGGCAACAGACCCAACGGCAGAUGGAUGAAAAAGCUAAGGAAGCACCGGUAACACUACCAGUUCACUCAAAUCGCACAACUUUCCAACAACAAGAUGUUCUCGUUCCUUGGAAAGUUAAAGCGCCACAAAAUGAACAAAAUGGAGAAAAGCCAACAUUCCUCAGAUACUAUCAUGUCUUUGAAGAGAACGAAUUGGACGUUUUGUUACAUGGAAUUCCAGAGGUUCAAAUUUUAAACAGUUACUACGAUCAGGGUAAUCAUUGUUGUAUAUUUGAAAAAGUUAAACUUACAAUUGAUUAAUGUAUAUUUACAUAUUUACUAGUAAAUAAUAACUAUAAUGUAAGUAUAUUAAUUAAAAAUAAAUUGUAAAAUGAUUUAUGGAUGUUUUUAAAUUAUGUAAUAAUAUAUUUGUAAUUUUAAUUAAACAAA